AAACCUGAUAGUUUAACAAUAAAUCCAGUAAAACAACGGGAAAACGAGUAAAACAACGGAACAAAUUCUUAGUAGAACGUUCUUGAGAAACCGUUUUGUCCUGGUGCCCUUGCUUACUUAUGUCAGCUAUCCACUGGUUGCCAGGCGACCAAUUCAGCAGUGAAGGGAAACAAGAUGGCGGCCGGAUUCACUCAAAGAAGAAGACGAAAGCAGUCGGUAGCUCCCGAUAAACCGGACAUAGAUGACGAUGUGUUGCUUGCUUCUGCUAUAGGAGAUGUUACUUGGCUACAGCAAAGUCUAUGGAACGCGAAAAAAGUUUACAAGCAAACAAAACAGCAUGGAUUUGCACCAAUACACUUGGCAGCUAAAAAUGGCCACCUUGAGAGUCUGCAAGUGAUGGUGGAGCGGUACAAGGUUGAUAUAAACUUACCAAGUGAAACAGGCUGGACCCCACUUCACCUUGCUAUUAAUACAACGAACAAGAAAAAGUCCUUGAAGUGUGUGCAGUACUUGCUGGUAAACGGUGCAGAUCCAUCCAGACAAACCCAUGAUGGCACCACACCAGUGCACAGAGCUGCCAUCGAAGGCCAUGUGAAAUGUCUACAGCUUUUGAUAAGGGCUGGUGGUGACAUAGAGAGAGAAGACAAUGAGCACAAUACUCCCAUGGAUCUAGCAAGAGUGUGGGGACACAGGCCCUGUGCACGGAUACUUUCUAACCAUCAGUGGUACUUGGACAAAGAGAAAGAAAGAAUAAAAAAGCUUGAGGAAGAGAUCAAGGAGCAAGAACUUGCUGCAGAAAUACAGAGACUUAGUCUAAUAAAAAAGAUGGAAGGACAACAUGAAAGCCAAUUGGCAUUUAAAAGGUGGUUAGGUUUUAAAGGAUUUCCUGAUUUACCAAGCAUGUAUGGCCCAGUGCCACUGGAGGAGAGGCGAGCAUUUGAGGCUUUGAAAGCGAGCAAAUCAGUACCAAACACACCCAGGGGUUUUAAGGGAGAGUCAAUGUUUGUUGUUAAAUCUAAAAGUGACACCGAAGGAUUUCAUGGUGCAAUCAGACAGCACAGAACUUCUGAUCAUGACAAAAAACUUAGUCUUAUUCCACUUGAAAGAAUCUCAGCAUCAAGACGACAUAGAUCACAAAGACAGAAGGUUAUAAGUCAGAAUAAGGCUCCUCGCAUGGCAAACUUAUUCUCCCCACCUGUCCCCUUAACCUCCCGCUGAUUGAGUAACAACUUAGAUGAGUUGACAGGUUAAAAAUCACGAGUAAGGCCCCAUGGCAAAUCCCACUCAUUGAUGAACAAUUACAAUGAGAUGAGUGAGGUUAAAAAGUCAAAGUAAGGCCCCAUGCAUAGUAAACUUAAGGCCUUUUCCAUGGCAAAACCAUUUUCUCCUGCUGGAUUGGGGACAAAUCAAAUGUGUUAUUAGUCAAAGUAAGGCUCCAUGCAUGUUAAACUCCUUCUUCCUACCCAGAUAAUGUUGGUGUUAUACACAGAAUGUUGUUCAAUUAGGCAAGUCAAACGACUAAUGUGAAUCUCAAAAAAGGCAUGGUAGAGAUAUGAGCCUAUAGAGUGCAAGUGAUAGCAGGCUAUCAAAGCAUUUGCAAUAAUUAAUUUUUAUAUUUACAGUGAUACAAUAAACUAAAGUUAUUUGAGAAUUCA